AUGGCUAUCUACCGAUGCUCUAAUGGAAGCAGAAAAAAAGAUUCUCCUGCCUGUGAUGUCCCUGGGUUUGAAAACACUAGGAUGAAGCUUCUGAGACAUGUUUUCUUUGUUGAUUGUCCAGGACACGACAUUCUCAUGGCCACAAUGCUUAAUGGGGCAGCUAUCAUGGAUGGAGCCUUGCUUUUGAUAGCAGCAAAUGAGAGCUGCCCACAACCCCAGACAUCCGAGCAUCUGGCGGCUCUUGCGGGUCUCAAACACCUCAUAAUUCUGCAGAAUAAGAUUGAUGUUAUCCAGGAGAGUGCAGCAAUGAACCAGCAUGAAGCAAUCCAAAAAUUCAUCCAGGGCACGAAAGCUGAAGGUGCUCCUGUGGUGCCGAUAUCUGCCCAGCUCAAGUACAACAUUGAUGUCAUCUGUGAAUAUAUUGUGAAGAAAAUCCCCAUUCCAGAGAGGAACUUCACAUCACCUCCCAACAUGAUUGUCGUUCGCUCCUUCGAUGUCAACAAGCCCGGUUCAGAGGUUAAUGAGAUCAGGGGUGGGGUGGCAGGUGGCACCAUCCUCAGGGGAUGCCAGUGGUAA